AUGACUUUUUUUGUGGGCUUUAAAAUAUUGAAUUCUGAAGACUUAAAAUUACUUCUUCCGGAUGCUUGGCUGCCCUCGGUUCGCUCAACUUUUCCGUUCAAGGAAAAUACUGAAUUUGUUGCAUGGCGCCAAAAGCUCCGGAAUUCGCUCAAUUUUUAUAGAAACGAACAACUUGAAUUUUUUAAACUGUUUUUCAAUAAAUCUUGUGAAAACUUUUUUUUUGCGUGGCUACCGUCUCUCACUCAAGAUGUGACUGCCUUCCACGAGACUCGCGAGUUUCAUGUGGCCGCCAACUUAUUUUUUAUAAUUCUUCAGCUUCUUCAGAAUACUCCUUUAACUUCAUAUAUACAAAGUUUUUCAUCCCUUUUCGUUCUUGAUGAACCACUUUUUACUUUUGCUCGUCUAAAAGGAACCAUUGAACAUCUUCGGGCUUAUUCUGAUUGCGAUUCUCCGGGCGCCAGUAAAGGCGACUAUAAUGUUGAUGACUUGAACGACGAUCUUUCGGUAAAGAAAAGAGACGAAAGUGAAGACUAUCGAUCCGUUUUUCAGAAAUCCUUCCCCUCCAUUCGCUACAGAGCCAAACUAUUUAACUGCGCAGUCAUAUUAUUUCAUUCUUCUUUGGCUUUGCGGUAUAAAUCUUUUUGGAAGGAACUUAUAGAAUUAAAAAGCACGCAAAGACAACUUUCUGUACUUUAUGCAAAGAUUGAAGGGGCAAAUGCUUCGAAUAAAAAGCCAAAUAAAUAUAUUCUGAAAACUUUUUCUUUGCUAAGUGAAGACCUUCGCGAACUUUCGCGUGACAUUAUGUGGUCGGAAGUUAUAAUGUUUUCGGAGGAAAAUGUUUAUAUUUUGCACAACUUCGUCCUAUCACUUUUGGAGAUUUUAUCAGAAUUUUCUGAGUCGCGGGAGUUUGCCUUUAUACCGGAAUACUACGUUGAUGCUUUACUUAAUUCUGUAUUGGCUUUAAAGAAAAAUUACGAGUCUAGUAGUAAAACUUAUUUGCCCAUUGCGGAACACGUGCUUUCAUUUCUUGUUCAUCACUUUGGAGAUGCUCGUAUAUGCAAUCCUGACGUUAAAGAAUUUAUACUGCAAACUUUAUGCAAACUUUUAAAGUCGGAAGUAUACUUGUGUACGCUGGAGAACACCAGUUCAUUAAAAAUGAUUCUUAUGAAAAAGUUUCUAUUAGCCUUCAAGUCACGCUUUUGGGUUACUGUUUCACUCGCACUUUCCUCUUUAUUAAACGGCUCUUCCCCCAGAAGUAGUGAUAUUUAUAAUAACGAGUUACUGGCACGGCCAAGUAUAGUUAUGCAGAAAUGCUUUCAAAGUCUUGCUAUUAACGAACCAGAAACGCUCAAUAUGUUUAUUAACAACUUAUUUAAUCUUUCUUGUUGGGUUAUUACCGAAUUAUUUGUUACUCUUCAAAAAGUAUAG